GUGACUAGUGAGCAUGCUAGUGAACCAGCUCGGCGGGUUAUGUAGUAGCAGACAAUCAUCGUUAGCAGAUGGCUUGCUGUUUCACCAAUUCUUCCUUUCAAGUGGGGAAUAAUGGAAGCACAAGGUGCUUCUUUGAUUGGAAAAUAGGAAGAAGCAACAAAGAGGAUAAGCCUCAGCCUAAGUACUAUGACGAUGUUCAUCCUCCUUUUUCAUCAUCCCUUGUAAGGAAAACAUUCUUGAAGGCAGGGAGGGAGCUCAAGUGCUGUUACAAGGCCACAGUGGAUGGUUUCAGUGCCACGGAAUUCCACAACUGCUGUGACUUCAAGGGACCUUGUGUCAUCAUUGGUUACACAAAUAAGUCCUUCAAGUUUGGUGCAUGCAACCCUGAAGGCUACAGGAGCACGGAUGAUUACUACGAUACGUUCGACGCGUUCCUCUUCUACUGGACAGAAGAUGAGAAGAUCGAUCCUGUUAUUUUGCCCAAGGUUGGGGGUAGUGGUGCAGCUCUCUUUGAUUAUGCUCGGGGUGGUCCCCAGUUCGGGGCUGACGGGCUCCUCAUCGGGCCACCACUGGCACCAGUUAUGGGUGGAUUCUCAGGCCCGGAUACUAACUCCGGCGUGGGCGACCUGAGACAAGCUAAGUCCAGGUUGGGACUUUCAUAUGCGAAAAGGGAAGAUGGGAAAGAGUCUAUUUUCGGCGAUGAGUCCCGGGCCACUCUAGAGGAAGUGCAAGUUUUUUGCAGUCCUGAAAUUGCAAGCUUGUACUAAACUGAACGGAACAGGUGGACAAAAGCAAAAGAUUCUACCAAA